UUCUGGUGAUGAUGAGGCUGCUGCUGCUGAAGAUAAACGUUUGAGAAGAGUAUUGGAAUCAGUGAGCAGUCCUUGCCUCCCCCUCCACCUCCUACUAAGUCGGUAGAGGAGGAGCCUGUAGCAGCCCAGUGCUGAGUUCAGAUUCCUGUUGCUUGCUGGCUUAGCAUUCACUGCCUUACAAGAGAGAGGCAUACAGCUUCCUCUCUACAGUCUUCUUGUCCUAUCACUCCGCAGACUGGCUGCAAUCACAUAAAGAAACCUUGUAUAGACUUUGUGUCCUCUUCUUGGUAACACUGAAGGGAAAAGGCCUGUGUCCCUCACAGAGAGGGAAAAGGCAGAAGAAACAAGUUUUGUGGACCCCAUCUCUGCUGGUUUGGAGCUUGCGGGUCCACUCCUUCUACCACUGGAGAUGCUCCAAAGAUUCUUCACCUCAGUAAAAUCGUGGGACAUCCAUUCCCGAGGGACGACCGGCCACCCAAGAUACAGAUACUUAGAAGUUGACGGAAGAUAAAGGAAAAACAUACAUUUAGUGACAGACUUUUCUUCAACCAAGGAAAUACAUUUCUUCUUAUUCCAACCCCCUAACCUUUUACCGACCAUCUGCUUUCCCUUAAGCCAUCGCCUUUAAAAAUAUUUACCCUUGAGUUCACUCAUGGCUUUCCUGACGAAGAAGAAAAAAUUUAAGUUCCAAACCAGUUUUACCCUGGAAGAACUGACGGCUGUCCCCUUUGUGAACGGGGUUCUCUUCUGUAAAGUCAGGUUGCUCGAUGGAGGGGACUUUGUCAACUUGUCAUCUAGAGAGGAAGUCCAGGAAAACUGCGUGCGUUGGAACAAGAAGCUGACCUUCGUCUGUAAAAUGAGUGCCAAUCCGGCAACUGGUGUGCUGGACCCCUGCAUCUGCAGAGUUUCUGUCCGCAAGGAACUCAAGGGAGGAAAAACAUACUCAAAGCUGGGCUUUGCUGACCUGAACCUGGCCGAGUUUGCAGGCUCGGGCUCCACCGGGCGCUGCUGUCUACUUGAAGGAUAUGAUACAAGGAACACCAGACAAGACAAUUCUAUACUGAAGGUCACCAUUGGGAUGUCUCUUCUCUCCGGAGACCCCUGUUUCAAAACACCUCUGUCAACAGCCAAAACUGUGUCAGCUCCAGGACAAGACUCCACUCUACAGAUGACCUGCAAAGGUGAAGGUACUGUGCGUUCUGUUAGUGGCACAGUUCGCCAGAACCGGAGUCGACACAUACUCAGUUCAGGGGUAUUUGACGAGGCAGACCAAAAUCUUUCAAGCCCAGAAGAGACCUCGCAUUCUGGCCAUUCUCGGAACUCGAGCCAGGCUAGUCAGCAGUCCAAAGUAUCAGGUCACAGCUCUGAGCACUCCCGCUGCUCCAGCAUGUCCGACUUGACUCAUAGACGCAACACAUCCACCAGCAGCAGUGCAUCUGGGGGAAUCAUCCUCACGGCUGAGGGACAAGAAGGAGAGCGGGAAAACAAGCCGGAGAAGCCACCGCGGCCUCUCAGACCGCCCAUCAACCUAGACCGGCAUUCCAGGAGAAAGAAGGACUCUGUGGAAAGUCACCCUACUUGGGUGGACGACACCAGAAUCGAUGCUGAUGACAUCGUGGAGAAGAUCAUGCAGAGUCAGGACUUUACUGAUGUCAGCAACAAUGAAGAUAGUCACCUGAGACUGUUUGUGAGCAGAGAUGGAUCCACCACAUUAAGCGGGAUACAGCUGGCCAACAGGAUUUCUGCAGGAGUCUUUGAGCCCGUGGUGAUUGAAAUCCAUUAAAUUGUCACCAUGCUGGUAACCAGUCCCAGGAUCUGAGCCAAACUUUGCCAUUCCAGGCCGCAAAGCUGCGAGAUGGGAAGAGGCAGAACACAUCGCACAGUCUAGGGUUCAACUCUCCUCCAGUCUUAUCCUGGCACUUAUCCAGUUGAUAUGCAUGACUCCUUCAUGUUCCUGCAAUCCAGUGUGUGUGACAGCAAUCCCCUCUGCUUUUAAUCACUGUGAAUCUAACCAGGCCUCUGACAAGAGAGCCCCUGACUCCAGAUGCUCAGCAUUCCAAGCUCUUCUCAAAGCUGCUGGCCACUAACCUAGCAUCCUUUACAGAGCUGAGUGAAGAAACGGAAAAAGGCCAAGGCAUCAUUUCUCUGCAUGUCGCUUUGCGCAAACUCUUUUCCUACUCUUUGUAUGUCCUUCUAAACCCUUCUGGUCCAACGGUGCUCAGUAUUUGCCUCUGGCACUAAAUGAGUAUAUUUCCUGCUCAUCACGAGGUUGUAGAUAAAGGAAGCUCUAUAAAUUCAGAUAGUCAGAUGUUUCGGGUGUAACCAGUUAAUAAUGUGAUUCUUAUCAUUUUAUCAAAAGAGGUAUAAUUCACUGAAACAGCAAGGCAACUUUCUAAAUGAACAUUAACACAUUCCCUUAAUUAGUAUUUUUUUUACUGUUGAAAUCCAACCUAUUAAGGGUAUGAUUUUGUAGGUGAACAAAUCACCUUUAUUUGCUGGUACACCCUUUCUUAACUAGAAAUGGCUAACUGACGCACUGCAUUGAUUAAUCUGGGCAGGAGUAGGUAGAUUGAUAAGGACUGUCAUUGGAUAAAACACAGAUCUGUCUUUUGGCCUUACCUGGCUUAGGGCAUUGGAAUCAACUUUUAGAGUUCCGGUUUUGAUGAACCACAUCUCCCAUGAUGCUUUGCCACUCCAGUUCUUGCAUAGAUUUUUGUUGUUCACUUAAAGCCUGAACAUUAACGAUGGCCUACUCCUGGCUUAGAGUGAACCGAGAUCCAGGCUUGUAUUGGCAGUGCAAUAUUCCUAGAUCUGCAACCUCAGAAAAUACAUUUAGUUAUGAGCCCAUUAUUCCCAAAGGCUAUUCGUAAUUUUCCUGCUUUCUCUUUUUACACGGUACCAUUCCUUUCUUCUGCAUGGUCAGGCAUAAUGAUUUUCUCCUGGGUCCUUAUCAAUACCACAAAAACUACAGAAAGAAGUCAGUGCAGAAUAGAAAUUUAUCCCUACAAUAUGACGUGUUAAUACAGCUGGACUGUUAAGGCAAUAAGGCACCCUUUGGAAGGGUCAGUAGAAAACAGCUGGUCUGUAUACUCCCUCAGGAAGGGAGUCCUAUAACGCAGCAGGUCUGUGUGUAGCUCUUAAGGACUCCUCCGGUAGGAGCAAUGGGACACAGCUGAGCUGUGGAAAUCCUUAAGAAAACAAAUGUAGCAGCGGGACUGUGAAGAUAUUAUAGGGUACAAGCUCAGGAGCAACACAGCUGGACAGUGAAACCCCUACAAACCUCCUAAAUCUCUGGUCAGACGAGGAAGGUUUGCCGUUUCUGUACUGGAAUCUUUCUGCAAGACAUUCCACUAAACUAAAGACCCAAGAGACUACUGAUCAGAGGUCAGCUGUGCAGGUCGCAGUGCCUGUCUUUCAGAUCCUCCUUCUAUUCUCACCUUGACCAUUCGCACUGUCGCACUGGUGAAGACUGCACAAUUCAAAACCCAGCAGGCUGGUGUUGUUUUUUUUUUUUUUGUUUGUUUUUUUUAUUUCACUUCUGCAUUUUAAUCUAGAGUUUCAGUAUGACCUUGUCCUCUUUGUGAAACCGUCCUUGUGGAGCUAUCUGGUGCUCGGGGCAAUUUUGUUUAAUUGUGUGUUUGUGUUGGUUGUUUUUUGUUUUUUUUCUGAAUGAUAUUAUUGUCAAGUAAAGCCAGACUUAUUGUCAAAAAAAAAAAAA